AUGGCUUUUGCUUGCUUCCCAGUGAGAGUGGCCAUCUGGGACACUGUGGCUGCCUACAUUCAACUUCAGCUCCUGCUGCACAAGGUUGGGGACAGUGACCUGACUGCGCAGAGACCUGUCUUCCGCGCAGCCAGGAACCUCGCUGACAUCCACUGCCUGACAGACGACAAGGCAUAUGUGCCAGGUGGCAAAGUACUGGAGCCCCUGUGGUAUGCUCAGCUAGCUGCGGCCACCUUUGUGUCUUCGAAGAAAGUGGUGGGGCGCAUCCAGGACACCAUGUCCCUCUUCUCCCGCUGUAUCAGAAAGGGAAAGACCAUCAUGCUCAUCCUGAGGGACAUAGGCCUGCUCCUCACUGAAGACACACGAGUGCAAAUGAAAUACUACCACAACUUUCUGGAAAUGAUGACUGGGGAGGACACCCUGGAAGAAGCUCUGUCGAGGGUCCCAGUGAUGCUGGACUUGGUGAUACCUCGCACAGCAACCACAGCUUCCCUGAUCUACUCCGACUGCAUCAUCGUCUUUCCAGAGUAUGUGCAUCCCCAUAGCCCUUGGCUGACCUAG